AUCUUCAAGUGCUUAUUUGUUACAAUUUCAUGAUGUAAUUGCACAAGUACCAAUAUUUGUUUUUAUUAUAAAAGCAUGUACCUUUUAUUCUUCCUACGAAUACAAAGUUUCACCUCAUCUAACACACACGGCAUCAAUAGUACUAGUCUUCAAUGGCAGCUCAAGCUUGUACCAUAUUCAAUGAACAAAGAUAGUUAAAUGCUACAACUAUCAAAUUGUUCAAAGAAAAAAACUUGUUAUAAAGCUGCAUUCAUUCCUCUGCUUUGUUUCUGACAUUCAAGAUUCAAACAAGAAUUCUCUCAUCCUUUUGCCUCUUGGAUUUGUGUUCUAGUUCUUGCAGCUAUUCAGCUGCAUCUAGUAGUUGAAUUCUGAUAUAUAGGUAACAAGGAUCAAUAUCUCUUCCCAAGUUUCAUUUCUUUGGAACAAUUAGAAUCAUAUCCAUGGAUGGUCUAAAUUGGGAUGGCUCACAAUUUCAAGAGAACACACCAAUCUUGUGGAGUACUCAACACUUUGAAGAAGGCUAUAACAUAUCAAACUCUCUUACUCAUCAAAUACAAGAGAUGCAUAAAGUUCAAAUUGGAAACACAUAUUCAAAUUCUGAAAGAUUGAUUCCAAACACAAAUCUUUCACAGCAUGCAACAAACAUGAAAGUGAAAUCAAAAGCUGGAUCCAGCUGGAGAAAAGAACCUUUAAUACCUCAAUCAUUUCAGUCCCUUUCAGACAGUAGACCUUACAACAUUAUGCCAGAUUUCAACAUGGCCCACCAACAACAAAAACUCAACAACUCUUUUGAGUCUUUUGAUUGUUUGCUUUCAGGUACUAACAGUAACACAGACACUUCUGUCGAAAAUGAUAAUGAUGGAAUUUCAAAGCUAUUUUCUGACUGCAAAAACUUAUGGAACUUCAGUUAUGUCAGUAACACAGCAACCUCCUCAGGUGAAACUGAUAGUAAUGUUUCAAACAGUACAAGCUACGAAGCACUGACACAAACACAGAUGCGAACACCAGACACGUCUUCGAUCAAAAGUGUCAGUGCUACAGAGGGUACUGGAAACAAAAACAUUCAGUGUCCACUCAAUGAAUUUGAUGAAACAAUCUCUCAAAGUUCCUCAGAUCAAUACAUCCAUCCAAGAAAAGCAAUACAAUCAAGUACUAUUCAUAAUUCUUCACCUGUUGAAGGUGGUUUUAGACUUAUCACUGAUAAACCACCAAAAUGCAAGAAACCAAGAUGUGAUAAGGGACCUUGUUCAACUAAUAUUAAUUUUCAACAACCAAAUUCAUCAUCAAUGUGCUGUUCUUCUUCAAUUGAAGAAGCUGAUCCAGAAGCAAUAGCACAAAUGAAGGAAAUGAUGUAUAGAGCAGCAGCAUUUAGACCAGUGAAUUUUGGAAUGGAUGAUAUUGAUGUAAUUGAAAAAAAGCCGAAGAGGAAGAAUGUAAAGAUAUCAAAUGAUCCUCAAACUGUUGCUGCAAGGCAUAGAAGAGAAAGAAUAAGUGAAAGAAUUAGGGUUUUGCAAAAGAUUGUACCUGGUGGAAGCAAAAUGGACACUGCUUCAAUGCUUGAUGAAGCUGCAAAUUAUCUCAAGUUUUUAAGGUCACAGGUUAAGGCACUUGAAAAUUUAGGUAACAAAGUUAAUGCUAUGGAUUGUAAUCCAACUAGUAUUGCUUUCUCUUUUAACCCUUCUUUUCCCAUGCAAAUGAUCCCUAGUAAUCACAAUCCUCAUUCACAGGGUUGACAUGAAUAUUAUCAUGAAUUCAUGAUGAUCUCUAAUCAUUUCAUUAUUAUCAAAGACAAUGAUUAAUGUAUCUGAUCUUUAUUAAUUUUCUAGCCAAAGUUGCAGGAAAUAUCUAAUUGUUAAUGUUUGAUUAUCAUA